AUGUCUGAACAUCGUAGUGCUAAGCGCCCCAAAAUCUCCAGGGGCAAAGAUGACUUUCUCCCAGGGAACAUCAUCGAAAUCGAGCUUCACAACUUCAUGACAUUCACUCACCUCAUAUGCAAACCUGGUUCUCGGUUAAACCUUGUCAUUGGACCCAACGGAUCAGGCAAAAGCUCUCUCGUCUGCGCCAUUGCGCUUUGUCUCGGUGGUGAGCCUCAGCUUCUCGGGAGAGCAACUAACGUUGGCGCCUAUGUUAAGCGUGGAGAAGAUUCUGGUUACGUCAAGAUCACUCUCAGAGGGAAAACUAGUGAAGAGAAGCUCAAGAUUAUGCGUAAGAUUGAUACAAGUAAUAAAUCUGAGUGGAUGUUUAAUGGGAGCUUUGUUAGUAAGAGAGACGUUGUUGAGGUGAUACAGAGGUUUAACAUUCAAGUGAAUAAUCUCACGCAGUUCUUGCCGCAAGAUAGGGUUUGCGAGUUUGCUAAGUUGACUCCUGUGCAGCUUCUUGAAGAGACUGAGAAAGUUGUUGGUGGUGUUGGUGGUGGUGGUGAUGUUCAGCUGUUGUUUCAUCACCGGGAGCUUGUUGAGAAGAGUCGUGAGCUGAAGCAGCUUGAGAGAGCUGUGGAGAAGAAUGGAGAGACGUUGAGUCAGCUUAAGGAACUUGUUGAUGAGCAAGAGAAAGAUGUGGAGCGUGUUAAGCAGAGAGAGUUGUUUCUUAAGAAAGUUGAGUCCAUGAAGAAGAAGUUGCCAUGGGUUAAGUAUGAUGUGAAAAAGCGUGAGUACUUGGAUGCUAAGAAGACAAUGAAGGAAGCUGGGAAGAAGUUAGAUGAAGCUGGGAAGAAUCUGAACGCAGUGAAGGAACCUGUUGAAAAGCUAAAGAAAGAGAUAGCAGAGAUUGAAUCAAAAUGUAAAAAGGUUAAGCAUCAAAUGGAUGCUAAUGUAAAUAAACGUUCUGCGUUGUUAGAGAAAGAAAACGAGGCAGAAGCACGUGUAGUGGCAACGUACAAAGAGUUAGAGGAAUUGAAGAAACAAGAAGAGCAUUGCCAAGGAAGGAUUCUGAAAGCUACUCAGGAUCUAGCUGCUGCGGAACAAGAACUCGAAAACCUGCCUGUAUACGAACAGCCUGUAGCUAAACUCGAGGAAUUAAAGUCUCAGGUUACAGAGCUGCAUCACAACGUAAACAGAAAGAAGAAUCAGAAGGUAGACAACGAGAGGCUCUUGUUUCAGAAAAGAUACACUCUGAGACAAUGCAUAGGUAAGUUAAAGGACAUGGAGAAUGCAAACAACAAACUCUUGAAUGCGUUACACCACUCUGGAGCUGAAAAGAUCCACGAAGCAUACCAAUGGGUGAAACAGAACCGUCACGAGUUUAAAAAAGAUGUGUAUGGUCCUGUUUUGGUUGAGGUUAACGUUCCAAAUCGAGAGAACGCUUGCUAUCUAGAAGGUCAUGUUCCUUAUUAUAUCUGGAGGUCUUUUGUCACUCAAGAUCCAGAGGACAGAGACCUCUUGGUAAGGAAUCUAAAACGGUUUGAUGUCGCUGUUCUCAACUUUGUAAGCGGUGAAGAGAAACAUAAGGUUCCUUUUCAUGUUUCUGAUCAUAUGCGUUCUCUUGGCAUCCAUUCUCGUCUUGAUCAAGUGUUUGAUGCUCCUUACGCUGUUAAGGAGGUUUUAACUUCGCAGUUUGGUCUUGAUGACUCGUACAUUGGAUCAAAGAUUACUAAUCAGAGAGCUGAAGAAGUCUUUAAACUAGGUGUUACUGAUUUCUGGACACCGGAGAAUCACUACCGUUGGUCUUCCUCAAGGUAUGGUGGACAUGCCUCUGCAAGUGUAGAAUCUGUAUCUCAAUCCUGUCUUCUGUUAUGUGGAGUGGACGUUGGGGAGCUUGAGAAACUGAGAUCAAGAAAAGAGGAGUUAGAAGACUCUGUUUCAUCAAUCGAGGAAACUCACAAGUGUCUUCAAAUAGAGCAGAGACUCUUGGAAGAAGAGGCGGCUAAGCUUCAUAAAGAGAGGGAAGAGAUUAUCAACGUUUCGCAUCUGGAGAAGAAGAAACGUCGUGAGAUGGAAUCACGUUACCAACAAAGGAAGAGAAAGCUUGAGUCCUUGGAGGAAGAAGAGGACAUGGAUGGUUCAGUUGCUAAGCUGGUUGAGCAGGCUUCAAGAGCUAACGUUAGCCGCUAUGCAUACGCGAUGAAUCUCAAGAAACUGCUCGUGGAAUCUGCUGCUUACAAGUGGAGUUACGUGGAGAAGCAUAUGGCUUGUAUUGAACUUGAAAGAAAGAUCAGAGAGUCUGAAAUCAAUUUAAAACAAUACGAGAAAGUGUUUGAGAAGACAUCACUCAAAGCUGAGUGCUGUAAGAAAGAGGUUGAAGAAAAGCAACUGGAGCUAGCAGCAGCCAAGAGUGAUGCAGAAGCUAUUGCAAUCAUCACUCCGGAGGUUAAGAAGGAGUUUAAGGAGAUGCCUACAACGUUAGAAGAGCUUGAAGCAGCUAUACAAGAGAACAUCUCUCAAGCUAAUUCGAUUCUGUUUGUGAACCAAAACAUACUCCAAGAGUAUGAGCAUCGCUUAAGUCAGAUAGAAACUAUCUCCACAAAGCUUGAAGCUGAUAAAAGAGACUUGACCAGAUGCUUGAAAGAGAUUGAUUCUCUAAAGGAGAAAUGGCUUCCAACGUUGAGACGGCUUGUUUGUAAGAUUAAUGAAAGUUUUAGUCAUAACUUUCAAGAAAUGGCUGUUGCAGGAGAAGUUACAUUGGAUGAGCGUGACACUGAUUUUGAUCAGUAUGGGAUACAUAUUAAAGUGAAGUUCAGGGAGUCUGAGCAGCUUCAGGUUCUAAGUUCUCAUCAUCAAUCUGGAGGAGAGCGUUCUGUCUCAACUAUUCUCUACCUCGUCUCUCUUCAAGAUCUCACAAACUGUCCUUUCAGAGUUGUUGAUGAGAUUAAUCAAGGUAUGGAUCCUGUAAACGAAAGAAAGAUGUUUCAACAGUUGGUUAGAGCUGCGAGCCAACCAAACACACCACAGUGCUUUUUAUUGACGCCAAAGCUGUUACCUGAUCUGGAAUACAGUGAAGCAUGUAGCAUUUUAAACAUCAUGAACGGUCCUUGGAUCGAGCAGCCAUCACAAGUUUGGAGCGUUGGUGAUAGUUGGGGAAAUCUCAUGAAACGAACCGUAGCAAGUCAAUGUUCUUGAACAUCAUCAGUAUCUACUUUGGGUUUUUGGAAGAACAUGGUGUUUUAAUGUGUAUGUUAUUAUUCAGUCCAUCGGUCUAUCUUUCUUUGGAUAUCAAUUUGGUUAGGUAAAACCCAUUAAUUUUAGAGCUGGCAAACUCCUUUGAAUCGUCUUAUUUUGGUCGAGAAGUCGAUGUUUUUGAUACGGC